AUGGCUUCGUUCGAUAAGGACUUGAUGUGGCGAUUCGCCGUACUGGAAGCUCUCAAAGAGCAUUUAAACGCUCUAAGUAUAAAAACGUCUUCCUCGUUGCAGUCAAUGAGUACUGGCGCUGAUACACUUAUAAAUUUCGAUUCGCCUCAAGUGAUGAGUUUUAUUGACACAGUAUCUGCCAUAAAUUCUGGAAAUGAGCAGUAUGAUCCGCCAUUCUAUCCUGUGGCAAAGUAUUUGACGGAUUUGCUUCUACCACCUAGCAUCUCCUUACGUUACAUUGAGCUGGUCAGUGAAAAAGUUGAUAGCGAGCCUGUUCAAGAUGGGAGGGCCAAGGCUCUUCGUACGCAAAUGCAUCUGAUUGCUUGUACUGCUGCCAGCAUAGUAUUAGAUGAAGAUCGAGAAGACGUGGUGUUUGACGCAGUUUCUACGAUCAUGGCACAAUAUCUCGAUCAUCUAAUUGAAAUAAGUACUCAAGGCGACUCUUCUAUUGAUGGCGGGCAUCGCUAUAUUCAAGAGGUUCUGGCUGGACUUAAGAAGACCCUUGUGAGUUGUCCAUUCCUCCCAUGGCGAAGCACAUUCAUGAAGGUGCUUCAAUCUCAUCUUGAUGCUGCAGGCGCUACACUGGAGAAUCAUGAUGCUGAAAAAAGAGAGGUUCAUAAGCUUCGUGAGCUAGGAAACAAUUUGAUGACCAAUCUUUCAUAUCCGCAAGCCAUAAAGGUGUAUACUACGGCGAUUGAUCUGUGCACUAUUCAUUCUGCCAACAACCUCGCUCAGCUUUACACCAACAGAGCAAUCGCAUUCAUUGGUCUUAACUGUUAUUCUGAAGCAAUUCAGGAUCUUAGAUUGGCAGUAUCGAGGGACAGGACUUUUGCUCCUGCCUAUGCCCAGCUCGGUUAUUGUGAAUUGUACAUGGGUAGAACCCUCCACGCUCUUAGAGGUUACAAGAAUGCAUUAGAUGCGAUGGCUGGAAAUAUUGAUCCACCUAAUACUAAUCUUGAUUUCCAACAAAAGCAAGAAUACAAAGAUGCUAUGGCCAGAUCCGUCUUCCCUCCGUUCGUGCAUAAAUUGGUACAAGCCCUUAUCUUGACGGAAAAAAGGGCAAAGCAGCAAAGGGUGUCUCCUAACGAUAUCAGGCUUUAUAUUUCGCAGGUAAGAACUACUCUUAGCGAGUUGCAAAGUGUUGCUAGCCCUGAAGAUAGGCACUUUUUUAAUUAUACUUACGACGAAAACUUUGAUAAUUUGAGAAACACUGCUGGGAGAGCGGAACAACAUCGUCCGUCAAUCUUGACUCCAGAAGUCGCUCUGGAUAUCCUAGCGGGUAGUCUGAUGGAGGCAUCAACUGUAUCCAUACCUAUAACUGGAAUGCCUGGGAUGGGUCGUCCCCGCCGUCGGGAAACUGAAAACAAUGCCGAGACGCAGACUACAACAGCCAACAAUCCGCCUGACAGAGAGACCGAUAAUGCUAGUACUGAGACACAACGCCCAGAUACAUCUAUCAGAGGAUUGAUGAAUCAAUUAGGGGAUAUCUUUGGUGAUAUGAUGCAGGUGCAAACCCUGACCUAUUUCCCAAAUGAUGCUCCACGCAAUGCUGAUGGUGGAUCCAACCCCUUCAGUUUUGACAUAAUGGUGGAGACCGGAGAUAGAAAUCCCUCAGAGACAUCAGACUCGGCUCAAGAUCCCCAGCGUGGAGAGGGCCAAAUGCAGAGAUCCACUCAUGAUGGCCAUAACAACAGCGCCAACAACAGCGCCAACAACAGCAACAACAACAGCACCAACAACAGCACCAACAACAGCACCAACAACAGCACCAACAACAGCACCAACAACAGCACCAACACUACCCAAGCGGAUCGUACUGGAAAUCAGGGUGAUGAAGCAGCAAAUAACUCUUCAAGAAGAGAAGGAAGCCCUGUAUGGGAUUUGAGUGAAUCACUAAAUCAGAUGCUUUCAGGGGAUUAUCAGCCUAUCUUUAGCAACAUCAUGCGUCGAUUUGAGGCUCAAGGGUCCAAUGGUAAUAGGCAAAGUACACAAACUGACGCUUUGAGAGAGUUGGUUCGUGUUUUCCGUCAGGGUCAGGGAUCUCAAAAUACAUCCAAUCAAGCCAGUACGAGCGGCUCUACUCUGGCACAACGAGAACAAAAUGAUGCAGAAGACCAGAGUAUGCCUGAUGCUCCAGACAUUGAUUAA